AUGCCGCGCUCCUUCCUGGUGAAGACGCACUCCAGCCACAGGGUCCCCAACUACGGGCAGCUGGAGAGGCAGAGAGAAACCAAUGGCGCCUGUUCUGCCUGCGGGGGGCUGGUGGUGCCCCUCGUCCUCCCAGACAAGGUGGCCCCGUCCACGCCUGGCGACCCUCCCCGGCCCUGGGACUUCACCUCCGUCGUCGCCCACGUCUCCCUGCCCCUCCCCACCUUCCUGUGUAACGAGGAAGCUCGGGGGGCCUCGGGGCCAGACCCCUUGGAAGUCAGCCUGGCGGACCCUCGGGCUCGCCGGGCCCCUGGCGCACCUCUCAGAGACAGCCUGAACCACCUCAACCUGCCCCCGCUGCUGGCUCUGCCCACGCGCUGGCCCCCGAUCCUGGGCGCAGAUGGGGCCCAGGCUCCGGGCCACCUGCCAGGGGCCGAGCGGGCCCCCCACACCCCAGGGGGCUUUCGCACGCCGGCCGCACUGGCCAGGCACCAGCAGCUGCAUUGCCACCUGCAGGCUCAGCGCUGUUUCACCUGCAAAUUCUGCGACAAGGAGUAUGGCAGCCUGGGCGCCCUCAAGAUGCACAUCCGCACACACACGCUGCCCUGCCUCUGCACCAUGUGCGGCAAGGCCUUCUCCAGGCCCUGGCUGCUCCAGGGCCACAUCCGGACCCACACAGGUGAGAAGCCCUACACCUGCCCUCACUGCAGCAGGGCCUUCGCCGACCGCUCCAACCUGAGGGCCCACCUGCAGACGCACUCCGACACCAAGAAGUACCAGUGCAAGCGCUGCGCCAAGACCUUCUCCCGCGUGGCGCUCCUGGCGCGGCACGAGGAGUCUGGCUGCUGCGCCCCCUGA